CCAAUGUCUACCUGCCUGCCGGGUAACCUGGGAAGCCUGGGUCCCUCGAUGAAGUAUUUAUCAAAUAAUGGAAAUGUCCAGUCUAUCUUAGUCGACUAAAACCUCUCUCCAAAAAAAGAAACAAAACCGGAUACAACACGAUCCUACUACGACCGCACGAUAUCGAAAUGAGCUACGCGUUCCGUCGCGUAUGCCUGCAACUCCCUACCAGCAGCUUCAGCCCCAAGUAUGGUUCUCUCAGUCAAGCUUUUCGCCCAGCCGGCUUCGGCAUCGGCACCCAUGCCCCAGCGCCGGCACGCGCGUUCCGUCUGUCUGCAAAGCUUCGAGGCGACAUCGAUGAUGCCAAGGCCAAGAAGGCAAGCCAGCAUGACAUGCACAAGAAGGAGGACAAGGAGAAGUUCGAGCGGGAUGAGCUGAUCGCCCUGCGGAAACAAGAUGAGAGGCCAUGGCAUCGUGCUGGCAACGAGCUCGACCAGCGGGAAUCGUCCAAAGAUCCCACCAACGGGGACAAGACUCGAGGACGGCUACUCACCACACCAACGAGGUUAUUGAAGCUCAUCCUGCCGCUUCCUUUCCAUGCUGAGCAAUCGCGGAUCACGCAGAAGCCCAAGAAUGACGACGAAAGGGAGGACAUCGCACCGCUGGCUUUGCUCGUCCACCCCCAGCAGCCUUUGUCGUACCUCGAACGGCUACUCCAGGCCGAGAUCCCGCCCAUCGACGACGGCCGCCGCGAACGAAUCCCCAAGAUCUACUUCCGCGCCGAGGCCGACCACAAAGAGACCAAGCCGGACAAGCGCGCGUCGCAGAAGCAGGAGGGCAACGUAGCGUCGUACUCGGGUCUCGGCCACGAGGGCCCAAAGAAGGACGGCGAUGACACGAACUGGGUGCGUUGGAGUAGCAGCACAGAGGUCGGCGACUUCAUCAGGGAUGCCGCCCGCGGACGGGAGUUCUCCAUUGGCAUCGAGGGGUACGACCAGGAGCUGCGCGUAGCAGUGCCCAGUUUCAACGACAGGACAUACUACAUGCGCAUCAGACUGCGCAGAAUGUCUCGCCGCGUCGAAGAGCUGGCCAAGAUCAAACAAGAAUGCGACUACCUCGCGCAUCGCGGAGCCCACCGUCUCGCACAGGGUGGCUUUGCUCUGCUUGCCGGCUGGUGGGGCGUCGUCUACUACGUCACGUUCCACACCGACUUUGGCUGGGACCUCGUCGAGCCGGUAACGUACCUCGCCGGCCUGUCGACCAUCAUGGGCGGCUAUCUCUGGUUCCUGUACAUUAGCAAGGACCUCAGCUACAAGGCGGCGCUGAACAUCACCGUGUCGAAGCGGCAGCAGGCGCUUUACCAGGAGCGCGGGUUCGACCCCGCGACGUGGGAGGCUCUCGUGCAAGAAGCCAACUCGCUGCGCCGGGAGAUCAGAUUCGUGGCGACCGAGUACGACGUUGAUUGGGACGAGACCAAGGACCUCGGCGGCGAGGAGGUCCAGGAGGUGCUCGACAAGGAGAAGAAGGGCUCGAGGCGAAGGCAAGACGAUGACGAGGAUGACGCAGAGGAGGCCGAACGCGUAGAGCACAAGCGCAAGGACGACAAGAAGGGGUCCAAGGAGUCAGGGGAGAAGAGUGAGGACAAGAAGACAUCGUAACGCAUCGUUGCGUGUUGAUUUGUAUGUGCGCGUCUUUGUACGAUACCCUGUACACCAGCCCUAUCAUACUGCGUACCUUAGACUUAGGGCAUCAUAGCAACGAGCAUACCCCCGGAGCGGAGAACACAUAGCGAAAGGAGCACUCUGAUUUCACGUUACGAUUUCGCAGCUUGACCAGAA